UCACAUAUCUUUUGAAAGCGUAUACAACCGAUAAAUUACGUUGAUAGUUAAUUUAUGUUUUCUUGUUAUUGGAUCAAUCUGAAUUCAUCUAGCAUAUCACCCAUUAUUUACGAAAAUAACUAUUUCAUCUUGUUAAGUCGUUGUUUAUUCUACACAUUUUUCUGUUUUUCACAAUCUCUUUAAGCUUUAUUUUCAAGAUGUCAGACCUACGAAUAGCUGUUGUUUGCUCGAGCAAUAUGAACCGAAGUAUGGAGGGCCACAGCUGUUUAAGCAAAAAAGGUUUCAAUGUACGAUCAUUUGGAACAGGAAAUCAAGUGAAGCUGCCUGGACCAGCCCCCAAUAUGCCGAACAUCUACGACUUUAACACGACUUAUGAUGAAAUCUACAAGGAUCUGCUAAGAAAAGACCCAGAGCUUUACAAAACAAAUGGAAUUCUGCACAUGCUGGACAGAAACCGGCGAAUCAAGCCGAAACCGGAGAGGUUCCAAUCCUGCAAGGACACUUUCGACAUCAUCGUGUCAUGCGAGGAGCGUGUGUUCGACCAGAUCGUAGAAGAGCUGGAGAGCCGGGAGCGCAGCGAAAACCAUCCAGUGCACGUGAUCAACAUAGACAUACAGGAUAACCACGAGGAGGCCACGAUAGGCGCCUUCCUGAUCAAGAACCUUAUCACGCAGCUCAGCGAAUGUGAAGACAUAGACAACGAAAUCGACGAGAUUAUUCAGGAAUUCGAGCACGAGUCCAACAGAAACAUUCUUCACACUCUACAGUUCAUGUGACCUCUCACACACAUCCAUGAAUCUCACACACUAUCUCACCCCCAUCUCACGCAAAAUCACAAUAUCAUGUGUGGAAGUCGCGGCCGCUAUGGUCUAAGGCGAUAGGAGUCACAUUCGCAAUGGCGACCGUCUAGAGUCAUAGCGGCCCAGUCUAAAUUGCAACCGUACAGUCUGCACUACCGCCGUGUGGUUAGUUUUUGCAGCGCGGCCGUUCGGCUCGUCCAUAACGCGACCGUGCGCCCAAAUCACAUUUCAACCGACCAUACGUCAGUUUUUACUGCGCAUCCGUGCGGUUAGUCGUCAAUGUGACCGUAUGGUUAUAAUACAGGGCGACCAUACUGUAAAUCCGGAUAUAUACGCAAAUCUGACAAGCCCCACAGGGACUUUUUGAUGGUUUGAUAAGCUCAUCAUUAAGAAUCUUUAUAUUUAGAAGUGAUAUAUUUAAACACUUAAAAUAUUGUGACAAGAUGUUUCUACGCGUAUAUGCUGUUCAGAACGGGUCUUUUCAAGAGAUCUUUAAUGAUACAGUGUUAUUGUAAGGUGAGCGUUGGUAACGCAUGUUUACAUGCUUUCAUCGAUUACAUGUCAUCUUCAGGGUCGUAUUAAGUAUUUAAAAAUCAAAAUUGCUAAUCGAUUUUAAUGUACAUUUUUUUGUUUACGUGCAAUCGCUUUAAUUACGCCUUCAAGUAAAUGCGUUCGUGUGUUUAAGAGAAUAUUCUGUAAGCAUAUUAUCGGCCUAUGUUGUAUUAUAUGCAUUUCUGUAAUAACCUACGCCUUUCCUAGUCGAAGUGCAAAGUGGUAAGCCCAUGAGAUCUGUUUAGUAAAAAGAGCAUUGGUUAUUAAGCAUUAUGCCAUACAUUUCAUUGGAUGAAAGGAUAGGAUUUUAAGAUCUUUACAAUACGAUGGCACUGAAAUGUUACUCCUAGUAAACGACAAUUUUCGCACGCGUGACGCGUGAUCCCAUUAAAUAUACGCACGCUUUACCUUCAGAUUGUUAUACCAGUCAAAUCAUUCUUUGGGCAUUGUUUGGAGGGAUUCGAAUAAAUAUCCGUAAGUGUUUGUCUUCAUAGAACAUUCCUUAAAAUUGUGAAUUUUAUGCAUUAUUAGCGGACAGCGUGUGAUGUGCCCAAAUGUAUUGAACAAUUCAGUAGAAACACUUCAGGCGUAGUUAUUAGCGCCUGUACUGUACUGGGUGAACGCUUGGAUGUGUCAAUAAAAAUUUCCCACAAUGUGCUUUAAAAUGUAAUUGGGUCUAUCAAGAUGCGUUGGUGUAUUUGCGUAUAAGGAUAUUAACCUUGCUCCUUUAUUAACGAUUACCGAUGUCUUGCUGAAAGAUACGGUGGCAGAUCUUAAGAAGCAUAAGCAUCUUUUAGUGUCAAAUUGCAGGUAAACUUGGCGUCAUUGGCGUUUUUGAUGAACGUUUAACGACAGUUUCAGUGAAUAACAUGUACUAUUACAUAUUGCUCUACCAAUAAUUAUGCCCCCCUUCGAAGAAGAGGGGGUAUAUUGCUUUGCUCAUGUCGGUCUGUGGGUCGGUCCGUCCACCAGGUGGUUGUCAGACGAUAACUCAAGAACGAUUGGGCCUAGGAUCAUGAAACUUCAUAGGUACAUUGAUCAUGACUUGCAGAUGACCCCUGAAGAUUUUGAGGUCACUAGGUCAAAGGUCAAGGUCACGGUGACCAGAAAUAGUAAAAUGGUUUUUGAAUGAUAACUCAAGAACGCAUACGCCUAGGAUCAUGAAACUUCAUGGGUAGAUUGAUCAUGACUUGCAGAUGACCCCUAUUGAUUUUGAGGUCACUAGGUCAAAGGUCAAGGUCACGGUGACCCAAAAUAGUAAAAUGGUUUCCGGAUGAUAACUCAAGAACGCAUACGCCUAGGAUCAUGCAACUUCAUAGGUAGAUUGAUCAUGACUCGCAGAUGACCUCUAUUGAUUUUGAGGUCACUAGGCCCAAGGUCAAGGUCACGGUGACCCGAAAUAGUAAAAUGGUUUUCGGAUGAUAACUCAAGAACGCAUACGCCUAGGAUCAUGAAACUUCAUAGGUAGAUUGAUCAUGACUUGCAGAUGACCCCUAUUGAUUUUGAGGUCACAAGGUCAAAGGUCAAGGUCACGGUGAUCGGAAAUAGUAAAAUGAUUUUCGGAUGAUAACUCAAGAACGGUUUUGCCUAGGUUCAUGACACUUCAUAGGUACAUUGAUCGUGACUCGCAGAUGACCCCUAUUGAUUUUCAGGUCACUAGGUCAAAGGUAAAGGUCACAGUGACAAAAAUCUUAUUCACACAAUGGCUGCCACUACAACGGACAGCCCAUAUGGGGGGCAUGCAUGUUUUACAAACAGCCCUUGUUUCUAUGUAUAGUCUAAAUUAUUAUUGAUCGCACUAAUUUGUAAUGAUAAAUAAUUGUAUAUUUUUGCGAUAUGCGUAAUAUAUUAUUGAUGUAUAAUAUCAUGACGUAGAUUUUGAAUCGUGUUUUAUUUUGUUAUUGUUUGUUAAAUACAUGAGUCGUUCAAACAUA